UUUGGUUCAUAUCGAUGCGAAUGUCCACAUGAUUUUACCGGUCGUAAUUGUGAAACAUUCUCAUUUAAUGAUGAUCCUUGUUCCAUAUCACCUUGUCACAACAAUGCCAAAUGUUAUACAUAUCGUGAUAAAUUCUACUCAUGUGAAUGUCGUCCUG